AAUAAGACUGAUUGACAACACUGUGUAUUUAGUAGGUCGACUCUCCAGCUGCUCAUCCACUCUCCUUACAUAGUCUAUAGAGUAGGUAGACACUGUGUCCAGUCCUACUUUACAAAUCUAGUUGAAUUAUCUUAGAGGAAAGAAUUUUUCUUACUCUGCGCUCUGUUUAUUCAAGAAGAUGGCCAAUGCAGGCUUACAACUGUUAGGAUUUGCUUUGGCUUGUGUAGGGUGGAUUGGGUUUAUAGUAGCAGUAGCUAUUCCUCAAUGGAAGAUGUCUUCUUUCGCUGGAGAUGCCAUCAUAACAGCACAAGUGACCUAUGAAGGACUAUGGAUGUCCUGUGUCAUGCAGAGCACAGGGCAAAUGCAAUGCAAAUCAUAUGAUUCUCUGCUGAAGUUGGGAAGCACUAUGCAGGCCACCCGGGCACUGAUGAUCUGUGGGAUUCUCCUGGGGUUUUUUGCUGCUUGCAUUGCUGCAGUCGGUAUGAAAUGUCUAACCUGUCUACAGGAUGAUGAGGUGAAGAAAGCCAAGGUUGGGAUCGUAGGUGGCGCUCUCUUCAUUAUUGCUGGACUUUGUGUUCUUGUUGCUACAGCAUGGUAUGGAAACCAAAUUGCCAGAGAUUUCUACAAUGCAUUUACACCACUCAACUCCAAGUAUGAGUUUGGUCCAGCUUUAUUUAUUGGUUGGGCUGGUUCUGCACUGGCCAUUUUGGGAGGUGCUCUUCUGUGCUGCUCUUGCCCCAAACGAGAAACAUCUUACCCACCACCAAGAGGCUACAACAAAAACGCACCUUCUACAGGAAAGGACUACGUGUAAUUCAGAGUGAUACUGAAUAUUUCACUGGGACUUGACAAUCUUUUCUCUUACUGCCACCAGAAAAACAAAACCACUUGCCAGAAUUACCUGCUAUUUUACCAGCAACACAAUCCAUUAGUCUAAUAAUUGGAUGAAAGUGGUUCAAAACCUCUUGGCCAGAAAGUAAAGCGAUGACGGUUGUGAACUUAUUAAUUGAGCUGCGGCUAAAGGGUCAAAAUGCAGCUAUUAGUGAAGUCAAAAACAAAAUAGCAAUUCCAUUGAUUUUGUCUUUAUAAUGUGUUGCAUACACUAGAGCAUAAGAGUAGAUAGGCUUAUAUAUGGAAAUGUAUGCAUCAGUCAUGAUAAAGUACAUUGCAAAUCCUGCUAAAUAGCCAUUAAAAUGUAUUUCUAUAUGAAUAACAUACACACCAUCACUAAUUACUCUCCUAUACACACAUUAGUAAGUAUUAAGUACUAUUACAUAUCAGAAUCUCAAAGGUUAUUUUUUGCAUAAUGAGGAAUUACGGGAUGUACAGCUCAUUUGUCAUAGUUAAAUGGAGCUAAGCAACUAUUUAUUGCAUUUAAUGAACCACUAUGUAGACCAGCAGCACUAUAUCUUGGACUUUAUGAACUAGGGUCAACAAACACGAGAUAGUGUGAAACCAUGGCAUUUUAUGCAGUAGUUUUCUUGGAAUUAAAUUUUGCAUGGAUUUUGAUAAGGUACUCCCUUCAUUAGUCUACACAGUACAUGCACCUGAGCAAUAAUUAACAUUGGGACACUUUUUGGUGCAUUAAUCACACCCUUAUGAACAUGAGGCAGUAAGAACUGGUACUUGUUUGCCCCAUUUCCUUGGUCCUCUGGUUACUUCUCCAUACUCGUGAUUUCUAAUGAUGCAGAACCUGUGAAGAGGAGAUUCAGUCAAGCUGGCUGCACCUCUCUCCCCAGGGGCCCCAUACUUGCUUCAUAGACUUAUUCUAUGGUACGUACACUGUUGACUCUCUUAAAGAAAUGCUACACAAUAGAAAAUGCACAAACAAUAAAUUAGCACUUGCCAUACUCCCUUGUUGUGAUCCUGAUUAUCAGUAAGAUCAUCUAUGUCCCUUGUCUUCUUCCUCAUUGCCUAACAUUGGGUGAACCCAUAGGAACAUUGAUUUAGAAGACCACCCAAAUGUCAGAGACCUGCAGCUCUCUAUUCAUUGUGGAAGGACAAUAGAGUCUGUGGUACAAAAACCAAUGUAGAAACUUCCUCUGCCAUCUUCAAAGAGGAUCAAUGCCACUACAUAAGUACAUAGACACUUUGUAACCUAUUUAUGCCACUUUUGUGGCACAAAUACAGCCGGUUUCAUAUUUUGUUGCUCGCUCUUUGUGUGGCAAAAUGUGUGCGAUAUUUCCCCUUUCACGCCACUUUUCAGAAGUGGUGAGAAAAGGGGGCCUUCUGUGGGCAGGGAGCUGACAGCACUGCAGGCCUGCCACAUUUAUCCUUCUUCAAGCCACGUGAAAACUUAAAUCUACGACAGCUAGGAGGCUGCCUUAGAUUUAAGUGUGCCUCUGUAUAAAUUUGACCCAUCCUCCAGCAGCACAAAGGGAAUUAAGACUGGCUUACUGAUAAAUGUCCAACAUAAUCCUUAAAACUAUGGUUUAUAUCAAUGACAUUUUUUUAGAGUAUUAGAAAUAUGUAUUGUCUAGAGUCAGCAUGAAAAUUUCAAGGCCUGAAAAGCCCAAGAUAUCCAAAUAUAAAUGGGCUUUGGAGUCUGUGCAUACUUUAGUAUAAUAAACCUGAUUUAAUUGAUUUUGUGAUUUUUUUAAUAAAUAACUUUUUUGUAAUAGC